AUGGCGUCGCCUCAGGCAUUGCAGCGCGAAGAUUAUCAGAUCGGGGUGAUCUGUGCGUUGGCCAUCGAACAAGCGGCUGUUAUCGCAACAUUGGAUGGUGAUGAGCACCCGGGUCUCACACCGAUGAGUGGCGACGAUAAUCAGUAUACCUUCGGCCGCAUCAAAGAUCACAACAUAGUUAUCGCUUGCCUCCCAGCUGGCAGUACGGGCACCGCCAAUGCUUGUAAUAGCGAGGAAAACGAUGUGCAUCUGGGAGACGUCGUUGUCAGUCAGCCAAAAGGACAGUUUGGUGGAGUUGUGCAAUACGAUUUCGGUAAGACUGGGGAGGAUGGUAAGUUUAAGCGCACUUCACACCUCAACGAGCCACCAAAAGUGUUGCUGCAUUCGUUGCAAAAACUUCAAACAAUGCAUUUUAGAAAAGGGAGUAAUCUUAGGGAGAUACUCGACGCUAUGUUCGAGAAAGAACCGCACAUGGUCAAACGUUUUGGCCAUCCAGGCACUGAACACGACCAGCUAUUCAAUGCGUCAUACGACCACGAGAGCGGUCCUACAAAAUGCGACAGAUGCGAUCCCCUAAAGGUGCCUGAGGACUGGGAGGCCCGGGAGACUUCAGAUCCUCGAAUCCAUUAUGGCACUAUUGCCUCAGCGAAUCAAGUUAUGCGUCACGGUCCGACACGAGACAGAGUUGCCGCAGACUUGGGUGCGAUCUGUUUCGAGAUGGAGGCGGCCGGUUUGAUGAACAAUUUUCCCUGCCUGGUGAUCCGAGGUAUCUGCGAUUAUGCAGACACACACAAGAACAAGAAGUGGCAAGGCUACGCUGCAGCCAGUGCCGCUGCCUUUGCGAAGGAGCUAUUAAGUUUUAUACCGAAGCAGGAGGUGGUAAAGAUGGCGCCGGCCUACAAAAAUGAACAUUGGAUCGUUCCUCGAGGCUCGAGUACUCACUUCACAGGCCGUGCAAUCGUAAUAGAAGAGGUACAAGAACGUUUAUGCAAUCCGGCCAGGGAGUUGGAGAGCAAGCAGAGACGUUUCGUCAUUGUCGGUAUGGGUGGGAUUGGCAAAAGUGAGAUAUGUUUGAAGGUUGCCGAGAAUAUUCGCGAGAGCUUCUGGGGAGUCUUCUGGAUUGAUGUGAGCAGCACUGCCAACGCAGAGCGCGGAUAUAAUGACACUGGACGCACGUGUGGGCUACCAGAGCCAACUCAGCAAGAAGUGCGGACAUGGUUGGCGGCUGCUAAACAUAAAUGGUUGUUGAUCCUAGACAACGCUGACGACCCCGAGACCGACUACGCCCAGUACUUUCCGUCUGGAAACCGGGGAUGCAUUAUUCUGACAACCCGAAAUCACCAGUGCCAAGUUCACAGCAAUGUUGGGUAUCGGGAGCUGGAUACACUUGACCGCAGUGAAGCCAUAGGACUGCUUUUGAAAACCACACACGUUGAGCCAAGUCUGUGGGAAUCCCACGAAACUAUCGCUGGAAAGGUAGUAGACGUCCUAGGAUCACAUACCUUGGCCGUCGUUCACGCUGGCGCAUUCAUCCAACAAGGCUUAUGCAGCCUCGAAGACUAUCCCGCCCACUUCGUUCAGCAGCGUCAGCGGCUUUUGCAAUUUCGUCCCACGCAAGCCAGAUCCGAAUACGGAGACGUGUAUGCCACGUUUGAGGUCUCCGCGAAGCAUCUGGAAGAGUCUGCUCACCAUGGUACGAAGAUUGCGCUUGCGCUCCUCCGAUUCCUUGCCUUUGUUCACUUAGACAACGUUCCUGUAUCCAUCUUUGAGAGGGCUUGGAAGAAAGCUCAAGCCAUUCUUUUCUACGAGUCACAAGAAAAGAGUGACCAACGAACUGAUUUGACCAAAUGGCAUGUCUUAUCACUUGCUGCUUUUAUGCAGAGUCUGCCAGAUGACAAGAGUCGAAGAGGUGGUCACCGCUCUUUCUCCAGAUUUCUCAAAGGAAUGAGGCCCAAGAAGUGGCGACGAUACAGCAAAUCCCCUUUCGAUAAUGAGUUCGAUACCAUCUCACUUGAUCAGGCGUGUGCCGCCCUGGCUUCAUUGUCCAUUAUUAGCAUUGACAAAACCACUCACACUCUAACAAUUCAUCCUUUGGUUCAUGCCUGGGCUAUGGAUCGUCUCGAGAUCUCAGAAAGGGAUAAGGCCAGAAUUUCGACAGGCUGUAUCUUGGCCAUGUCUCUGCAAGGCCUUAUGUACGAGCCGUUCUGGUCGCAAUUAGAGGCUCAUGUGGAGUCCUACUUGCACACCUGGCCUCUUGACUCUUCUGUCGUCUCAUUCGAGGUUAUCCAAUGUUUGUAUAAUUUGGCGUUCUGCUUGGGUGUAACACAUCUCAGCCCACCCCAAGCCGAGCUCAUCCUGAUGCUGCCGUUGGAACAUGAAAGUCUCAAGGUCAGACCGAAGGCUGACAUAGAUGUGUGCUGUAUGUUGGUUACCUGCUAUAUGAUAUUAGAGAAAUUCAGUGAGGCUAAAACACUCCUCGAAAAGAAGAUACAAGCCUACAAUACGUUAUUUGAGGCAGGGCACGAUAUAAUGUUUUCUUUGCACAUAACCUUGGGCAGAUUAUUGAGGAUAUCAGAGAAGACUGACGACGCAAUACAAUUAUACGAGGAAAUAUUGCUGCAUCCCAGACUGCCGCGUGGGCAGCGAGCCCGGGUCCUCGUUGGCUUGGGUCGAAUGUACUCGCAAUUUCGAGAAGCUAAGAAGGGAAUACUACUACUAGAAGAAGUGGUGCAGAUACACGAAUCUAAGCUUGAACCCGAACACCUAGAUCGGCUGUGGUCGCAGCACGAUUUGGCCGAAGCUUACUACAAGUUAAGAGAGGGUCAGAAGGCGAUAGCGAUCCUCGAGGAGGUAGUCCAGAUUGGGAAGAGAAUAUAUAGGACGGAGAGCAUGGAUCUACUAGUUUCGCAGGAGCUACUAGGUAGAGCUUACAUCCUUAUAGGAGAAGUGGUCAAGGGAAUAGAACUGGUACAGUGGGUGAUGCACGUCCAGGCUACUACACUGCAACCAGACAGUCCAUAUCGAUUAAGCACGCUCCACCACCUAGCUGAAGCCUACAUCGACACAGGGGAAGUGGCUAAAGGAAUAAAGAUGCUAGAGGAGGUGGUUCAGAUAAGGAAGAGGACGGUCAGAGCUGAGCAUGUGAAUCGGCUAGCUUCAGAGCAUGCGCUAGGUGUGGCAUACGUCAAAGUAGGAGAGAUUACGAAGGGAAUACAGCUGCUGGAAGGCGUAGUACAUGUUGAGGAAAAUACUAUACCAAAGGAUGAUCCGAAUCGGUACCUUUCACUUCAAGAGUUAGGUGAUGCCUACCUCAAGGCAGAGCAAGUGGAUGAGGCAAUGGAGCUACUGACAGAGGUCGUUCAGAUUGAGAGAGUGAGGUUAGAAGAGGAUGAUUUAAGUCGCCUGACCUCGCUUUACAAACUAGCUAAAGCCUAUCUUCGAGCUGGACAAGCCAACAAAGCAAUAGAGCUACUCACAGAGGUUGUUCAGAUUGAGAGAGUGAGGUUAGAAGAGGACGAUCCAAUCCGACUUCUUACGCUUUACAAACUAGCUAAAGCCCAUCUUCGAGCUGGACAAGCCAACAAAGCAAUAGAGCUACUCACAGAGGUCGUUCAGAUUGAGAGAAUAAAGUUAGAAGAGGAUGAUCCAAGUCGAUUACUUUCGCUUCACUAUCUAGCCCGAGCUUAUCUUGAUGCAGGACAAGUCAACGAGGCGAUAAGAUCCGUGACAGAGGUUGUUCAGAUUGAGAGUGCCACAUUGGAAUCAGAUGAUCCAAGUAGGCUGGAAUCGGAGGAGUUGUUGGCAGAAGCGGUACGAGCAAAAGAAAACGGGCUCCAAGAUGCGACUUUAGGGCAGCCCAGCGAUCUUACAAUCGACCCAUGUUUGAGUGGUGAAUCCGAGGAGACGCAGCAUAUUAGUAAUGCUCUAGUUCUGCAUGACAGCUCGAUUCUUGCAUGCUCAAAUGGUCAAUCUUGA